UGAUGAUCAGUGUAGCCCCAGCAGUGCCACCUGUCAGUGUUCAUCAGUGCCUUAUGUCAGUGCUCAUCAGUGCCUCGUGCCAGUGCCCAUCAGUGUUACAUCAGUGCCACAUAUCAGUGCACAUCAAUGCCACAUAUCAGUGCCCAUCUGAGCUGCCUUUCAGUGUCACCCAUCAGUGCCAGUCAGUGCCACCUAUCAAUGCCAAUCAGUUGCCACCUAUCAGUGCCUGUCAGUGCCGCCUAACAGUGCCUGUCAGUGCCGCCUAAAAGUGCCAGUCAGUGCCACCUAUCAGUGCUGCCUAUCAGUGCCAUAUAUCAGUGCCAUGUAUCAGUGCUGCCUUUCAGUGCCAAUCAGUGAUGCCUGUCAAUACACAUCAGUGCCACCUACCAGUGCCUCCUCGUCAGUGCCCAUCAGUGACACCUAUCACUGUUCAUCAGUGCAGCCUAUCAGUACACCCUCAUUAGCG